UAAAAAGACGGGAGAAUAUUUGUUUCGUAUCAGCAUGGGAAGCCAAACGAAGCCUUUCCGUUCUGCCGAUGCAUCCUUCAUGGAUUACGUUGCAUACGGCCCAAGGGGCGACGUGUUUUAUAGUGGCCAAACGAACCAACCUCCUGCUCCACGGCAGUCCAUAAAUCCAUCGAAUGUAUUCCCACCGAUCGGUACCUUCAGCAUCGAAACGACCACGAUGGCGGCCCCGAAUCAAGGUGUGUUUGGCGGUGGCGAUGCGAUGAGUGUGCUGGGUAACGCUGGCACAACGGGCACCAUCGGGGUGUUCAAUGCGAACGCCAUGAUGAGCGUACCGAAUAACAUGAGCAAUGCGAACAAUGCUUACUCGACCGGCCAGACCACCAAUGGUGUCGACGCUAGCCAGGGAACGCGCGAAACUGGCAUCAUUGAAAAAUUGCUACAUUCGUACGGGUUUAUUCAGUGCUGUGAGCGACAGGCUCGACUCUUCUUCCACUUCUCGCAGUUUGGUGGCAAUAUCGAACAUCUGAAGAUAGGUGAUCCGGUGGAGUUCGAGAUGACGUACGAUAGACGCACCGGGAAGCCGAUCGCUAGCCAGGUUACGAAAAUCGCACCGGAGGUAGUAUUGUCGGAGGAGCGCGUUACCGGCACCGUUACGACCGAGCUGAAGUGCGAUUCGGCCCCGUCCGGUACCACUAGCUCGACAACUUCGAGCGACACUACAACUGGGCGGAUUAGCUACGAAAACCGGGGCGAAUGUUUCUUCCUACCGUAUACCAAAGAUGAUGUCGAAGGGAACGUUUCGCUACGUUCCGGUGACAAGGUUAGCUUUCAGAUAGCUACGAAUCAAAGAGGUAACCUCGGAGCUUGUCACAUUCGACUGGAAAACCCGGCUCAUCCGGUAAAGUAUCGUGGUGUGGUGUGCUCUAUGAAGGAUACGUUCGGCUUUAUAGAGCGGGCAGAUGUGGUGAAAGAAAUCUUUUUCCAUUUCUCCGAGGCGGACAAUACUAUCGAACUUCGUCCUGGUGAUGAUGUGGAAUUUAUUAUUCAAACCAGAAAUGGAAAAGAGGUAGCUUGCAAUAUUGCCCGUUUGCCACCCGGAUCAGUUAUCUUCGAGGAUGUCGAUACAACCAUCUACAAGGGACAGGUGCUAAAGCCGCUUGAUCGCAAUAAUCCUGCUCGCCAGCAAACAAACGAUCCGCUCCCGGGACGUAUACGUUAUCGUGCUGCCGAUCACUCGGAGGUAGAAGUGCCAUUCGGUGACAAGGAUCAGAAGGGUGACUACACGCUGCGCCACGGUGAUUGGGUACAGUUUUUGCUAGCGACCGACCGUCGCGAUCAGCUGCAACGGGCCACCUCAAUCUCUCUGCUGGACGAAACAUUCCAAGUGAGCGGUGAAAAGCGCGAACAAGGCGUUGUGGCUUCGCUGAAGGAAGGAUUCGGUUUUUUGCGCUGCGUCGAACGCAGUGUUCGAUUAUUUUUCCAUUUUACGGAAGUGCUGGAUACGAGUCGCGAAAUUUGCAUUGAUGACGAAGUUGAGUUUACCGUCAUUCAGGAUCCUGGCUCUAGCUUCGCCAACAACCGUCAGAGCGCAAUCCGUAUCAAGCAUUUGCUGAUUGGCACGGUUAAAUUCGAGACGCUUAUCGAGAGCAACAUUGAAGGCGUCGUGUCACGCGAGGCACCGAAAAGUCCUAUCAAAUCUCAAGAACGCACCGAGGGUGGCGUUAUUACCUACGGCCCAAACAAAAAGACUAUAAUGUAUUUCUUGAAAGAUUGUGAUAAGCCACCACGUGUGGGUGAUAAAGUCAGAUUCAAUAUUUGUCAGGUUAAACGUAACAAAGAGUUGAUCGCAACGAACAUUGUGGAGAUCACUUCCAACACGCAUCAGGCACUGCAACAGCAGCCACUUCUGCUCCAACAACAACCAUUGCAGCAGCAAUCUCCAAUUGCUGUAGAUACGCAGCUUACGAUUGGCUCUGUUCAAUCGUCGCAAUCACCAAACUCUGCUCUUACUAACGGUUCCAGAACCAAUGGCAACUCGGUAACGAAGUCCAACUACACCAAUGGUAACAUAAAACCGGGAAAAAUUCAACAUGGAUUCAUUGCAGUUUUGAAGGAAAAUUUUGGUUUCAUUGAAACGGUUGAGCACGAUCAGGAAGUGUUUUUCCACUUUAGUAACUUUAUCGGUAAUAGCAAUACUCUAGAAUUGGGUCAGGAAGUGGAAUACACGCUCUCUACCCGUAAUGCCAUCAAUGCCGGCAAUUGCAUCCCGGCAGAGAACGUUAAGGUACUGCCGAAAGGCACAAUUCAGCAGCCUAAAGUUCUACCGUCAAGCUUCAAUGGAUCUGUACUGCGCCCGUUACGCUGUAUCAAUCCGGAGCAGGUGGAGUACAGUGGGCUGGUACAGGUGAAGAACGAACAUGGCGACACGCUGUCAACGCAUGAGUUCGGUAUUACUAGUUUGAAGAACCAUCGCGAUCUGCUGCAGAAAGAUGAUGUGGUAACGUUCAAGAUCGAUGAGCUAAAUCGUGCAAUGGAGAUUGCUCCCGUUCGUACUAAAAAGCAGGCAAAGGUUGAUUCAAUUAAGGGGCAGUUUGGAUUUUUGGAUUUCGAAGUGGAGGAAGGAAAAAAGCUGUUUUUCCACAUGUCUGAUGUUCAGGGCAACGCUAACCUCUAUCUGGGUGAUACGGUGGAAUUUUCCAUCGUCACUAAUCAGGCAAGUGUAUAGUAUG